GAGUGAGGAGAGGACCGAGAACAAAUAAGCGCCAGUGAGAGAGAACAACAAGUGAAAGUGACCAUGUCCACCACUAUGGCCGUCCCGGCGACCCCUCCUGUCCUCUCACCCGGCUCAGGUGCACCUUCCUCCUUGGGAAUAUUCCGCUCCGACCCGAUCUACACUGCCACAACCACCAGCCCUCAUCCAGACUCCCCCUCCCCGCGGCGCGCCACCACCGGACUCCUCAACCCCUUCCUAACCGGGUCAGGAGUCCCAUCCGGUGGCUUGGGAUUCGCCAACACACCGGUUUUUCGAGAUCGAGGAAUUUCCACCACUACAACUACAACCACAACCAGUGAGUGCAGAAUGGUGGAUGUACACGGAGUAAAAGUUGCCUCUUUCAGCGUCGGAGGACAGGACGACUUGAUUUGUCUACCCCAAGUUUUUGACCUCUUUCUAAAACAUCUCGUCGGCGGGCUUCAUACCGUUUACACUAAGCUGAAACGCCUGGAUAUUUGUCCGGUUGUGUGUACUGUGUCGCAGGUCCGGGUCCUGAGGGGUCUCGGUGCGAUCCAACCGGGAGUCAACCGCUGCAAGCUCAUCUCCAGGCGGGACUUCGAGGCGCUCUACACUGAUUGCACCAUUGCGAGCUCUCGUCCGGGCCGGCCUCCAAAGCACUCUGUUGGGGGUGGGAUUCCGGAAAGCUCCAGGCAUCCUCAUCCUGGGGUUCACGGCCUGCUGUCACCUGGCAUGCUGUCUCACAUAGGAGGGAGUGAGUGUUCCUGGGAUAAGGAGAGGCUGGUGUCGCCCCUGUCUGGAGGUGGUGGGGUGGGCAGAAUAGGGAUGGGGGGACAACAGAGUCUUAACAACCAGGUGAACUCACUACAGAAACAACUACUGGCCAACCGUGAGUACUAAAGGAUUAUACUCUAUAUAUU